AUGUCGGACAUUGAAAUGGAUUCGGUUGGAUUGCGUCCUAACGGAUCGCUUGACUAUGGUCAUGAUCAUCGGAAGCGAGGAGACAAGAGAAUACCGCAUGUGGCAACGGCAGGAGCGGCAGAGAGUGGCGGAUUCGGUAACCAAAGGAUUCGAAUGACUGGCAUGGCCAAACUGAAAGAUUUCUCCGGCCGAGAGAAUAAUGAAGAACGAGCCGAACUGGAUCUUUAA